AUGGAUAUUUGGAACCACACCUCGCUAUCAGACUUUAUCCUUUUGGGUCUGUUCAGCUACUCACCAUAUGACUUCUUCCUAUUUUCCCUUGUCCUUCUGGCCUCUGCUACAGCCCUGGCCAGCAACAUCCUCUUCCUCCUGCUCACCCAGGCUGACAGGCGCCUGCACACUCCCAUGUACUUUUUUCUCAGCCAGCUCUCCAUCAUGGACCUGACCAUAAUGGGCGCAGUGGUGCCCAAGAUGGCAGCCAACUUCCUCUCGGGAAGUAAGUUCAUCUCUCGGGGUGGCUGUGCCACUCAGAUCUUCUUAGUGGUCAUGGUAGGAGGAGCUGAGUGCUUCCUCCUAGCAGUCAUGGCCUAUGACAGGUAUGUGGCUGUGUGUCACCCCCUGCGGUACCCUGUGCUCAUGAACUGGAAGGCCUGCUGUCUGAUGUCCUUGGCAUCCUGGAUGGGUGGAAUGGCUGACAGUGUGAUUGAUGUAGGGAUGGUUUUCAGCUUCCCCUACUGUGGCUCUCUCCAGGUAGACCACUUCUUCUGUGAGGUCCCUGCCGUGCUGCGUCUCUCUUGUGCAGACACAUCCCUUUUUGAGGACCUCGUCUAUGCUUGCUGCGUGAUCAUGCUGCUGCUGCCCCUGGGGGUCGUUGUGGCUUCCUAUGCCUGGAUCCUCAUGGCUGUAAUUAACAUGACCUCCACUGAGGGGAAACAGAAGGCUCUGUCCACUUGCUCCUCCCACCUGGCUGUGGUGGGUCUUUACUAUGGGGGAGCCAUAUUUAGCUACAUGCAGAGAGCCUCUGCUAGGACUCCAGCAGGGGACCGAGCCAUCUCCCUCUUCUAUACCAUCCUCACCCCAAUGCUCAACCCACUCAUUUACAGCCUGAGGAACAAGGAGGUAAUGAGGGCCUUGAAGAAGAUGCAGAAGAUGCAGGGGAAAUAG